CUGAGUGAAAAGCGAGAGCACUCCAGCAACUUAGAACGGAGCUGAGUUCAAAUGGACCCCAUCGUUACUGUUAAGCUCUGCUUUCUGUAUGCGUCUCUGAUGAUUUUGUUUUACUCGUUGGGACUCGCAGCCUCGCCCAAGCUCCAUUCCGACGAAGUGAAGGUGUUGAGGCAGAUAGCGGCGAGGUUGGGGAAGAGAGAUUGGGAUUUCGGCAAGGAUCCGUGCAGCGGCGAAGGGAAUUGGAACGUUACCUCGGCGAGGAAGGGCUUCGAGAGCUUUGUCGAGUGCGAUUGCACGUUCAAUGAUAAUACGACCUGCCACGUAAUCGAUAUAGCUUUGAAAUCCCAGAACAUUUCAGGAGGUCUCCCACCAGAGUUCUCAAAGCUCCGACACCUUGGAAAGCUGGACCUUAGUCGCAACUGCUUUAAUGGCUCUAUACCUCCUCAGUGGACUUCCAUGCAUUUGGUUGACCUCUCUUUAAUGGGAAACCAGUUGUCUGGUCCAUUCCCAAUGGUUCUUACCACCAUCACCACCCUCAUAAAUCUGAGCAUAGAAGGAAAUCACUUUUCAGGACCCAUUCCGCAGCAGAUUGGGAAGAUGGUUAAUCUACAGAAGCUUACUCUCUCAUCAAAUAAUUUCACGGGUCAAUUACCUGUAGCACUUGCAAGGUUGACCAACUUGACUGAUAUGAGGAUAAGUGACAACAACUUUAUAGGAAAGAUACCAGAUUUCAUUGGGAACUGGACAAAGAUCGAAAAAUUGCAUAUCCAAGGUUGUUCACUUGAGGGGCCAAUUCCUUCUAGCAUUUCUGCUUUGACAAGCUUAACUGAUCUGCGGAUUAUUGACUUGAAAGGUGGAGGGUCUAGUUUUCCACCAUUAAGUGGUAUGGAAUCCUUGAAAACACUGGUACUUAGGAAAUGCUCAAUCUAUGGAGGGAUACCUGGAUAUAUUGGUGAAAUGACAAAACUGAAAACUCUGGACCUCAGUUUUAAUCAUUUGAGUGGCGAAAUUCCAACAUCUUUCAUCCAGCUGGCAAAAGUAGAUUUCAUGUAUCUGACAGGGAAUGAACUUACUGGACCAAUACCUGGAUGGAUCCUGUCCAGAAACAAGAAUGUGGAUAUUUCUUAUAAUAAUUUCACUUUGGAAAGUUCAAGUACAUUUGAAUGUCCCCGUGGCAGUGUAAACUUGGUUGAGAGCUACGCAGCCUCAGCAGGCAAACUAAGUAGAAUCCACUCAUGCCUAAAGAAAAACUUCCCUUGUUCUGAGUUGAGUAAUCAACGUUAUUCCUUGCACAUUAACUGUGGCGGGAAGGAGGUAAUUGUCAAUAAUACCAAGUAUGAAGCUGAUUUAGAAGCAAGAGGUGCUUCAAUGUAUUACUCAGGGCCAGGACAGAACUGGGCAUUUAGCAGUACUGGGAACUUCAUGGACGAUGAUAAAGAUGCUGAUGUAUACAUUGAUACCAACACUUCAACUCUGCAUAACAUCUCUGCACCUGAUUCAGAUCUGUAUACAACAGCUCGCGUAUCUCCCCUCUCUCUCACCUACUAUGGACUGUGUCUUAUGAAUGGGAACUACACUGUCAAACUUCAUUUUGCAGAGAUCAUUUAUACAAAUGACCAGUCAUUUAACAGCCUAGGGAAACGUAUUUUUGAUGUCUAUAUUCAGGGAAAGUUGGUGUUGAAGGAUUUUGAUAUCGAAAAAAAGGCUGGUGGGCCUGGUAAGCCCAUUGUGCAGACUUUUACUGCAGAAGUAACAAGCCAUACACUGAAAAUUCAGUUUUAUUGGGCUGGAAAAGGGACAACAGGUAUCCCAGUUAGAGGAGUUUACGGUCCUCUUAUAUCGGCAAUAUCAGUGGAUCCUAACUUCAAUCCUCCUUCAGCAGAAGGAAAAAGGAUUCAUGUCCCGGUAUUGGUGGGGGCACUGACUGGAGCAGUAAUUCUCAUCCUUCUGGUCUUAUGCAUUCUGCAAAGAAAAGGCUAUCUGGGAGGCAAAACAUCUGUGGAUAAAGAACUCAGAGGACUGGAUCUACAAACUGGAUUAUUUACUCUCAAACAGAUAAAAUCUGCAACCAAAAACUUUGAUGCAGCAAACAAGAUAGGAGAGGGUGGUUUUGGUUCAGUAUACAAGGGUCUAUUAUCAGAUGGAACAGUGAUUGCAGUGAAGCAACUUUCCUCAAAAUCUAAGCAAGGAAAUCGUGAAUUUGUAAAUGAAGUGGGUAUGAUUUCUGCUUCGCAACAUCCAAAUCUCGUAAAGCUUUAUGGGUGUUGUGUUGAAGGAAACCAGUUACUACUGAUUUACGAAUACAUGGAAAAUAACUGUCUGUCCCGUGCUCUUUUUGGAAAAGGUGCAACUUCCAAAUUGAAACUAGACUGGCCAACUAGGAAAAAAAUUUGCCUAGGCAUAGCCAGGGGUUUGGUGUACCUGCAUGAGGAGUCAAGACUAAAAAUUGUUCAUAGAGAUAUUAAAACUAGCAAUGUGUUGCUUGAUAAGGACUUUAAUGCUAAAAUCUCUGAUUUUGGCUUGGCAAAGCUUUAUGAAGACGAAAACACCCACAUCAGCACUCGGAUUGCUGGAACCAUUGGUUAUAUGGCUCCCGAAUACGCAAUGCGUGGUUAUUUAACGGAUAAAGCAGAUGUUUACAGCUUUGGAGUUGUCACCCUGGAAAUUGUGAGUGGAAAAAGCAACACAAAUUACAGGCCGAAGGAAGAAUUUGUUUACCUUCUUGAUUGGGCCUACGUUCUCCAAGAAAGGGGGAGUUUGUUGGAGCUGGUGGAUCCAGACUUGGGAUCAGAGUACUCAUCGGAGGAGGCAAUGUUGAUGCUAAACGUGGCCCUCUUAUGCACCAACGCAUCGCCAACGCUUAGACCGACGAUGUCUCAGGUGGUGAGCAUGCUCGAAGGCCGAACUGCUGUUCAAGACCUACUUUCAGACCCGGGUUUUUCAGCCACGGUUACAAAAUUCAAAGCCAUAAGGAACCAUUUUUGGCAAAACCCGAGCCAGUCCCUAAGCAUUUCAACCGAAGGUCCCUACACAGAUUCCUCAAUUUCAAACAGAGAUGGGGAAGAGAUCAACGUCCAUUUAAGCAUCAAUUCACUUAAGUCUCAAGAUCCCGCAUGCUAACUUCAUCUGUGUACACACACGUGUGUGUGUGUGUACUUCUUGGAAAGCCUGUUAGCCUAUGCUCUAAGUGUAAAUCAUGUAUUGUAAUAGUUUUCAGUAGUUUUCAAAAUGGCAACUAAACUAUUAUACAUGUUCGUAA